AUGGCUCUCAGCUUUUGGCGACAUCGGUACUCCGCGGCCUGCCGGGCCGCAAGCUGGCUGACCAGGCCUGACGUGGCGACCUGCCUGCGGAACAGGACGGUCCUACUACAGGGGGACUCCACGGGCAGGCAACUGGCGGGCGAGCUGGAGUCGCUGCUGGGAGGGAGGGACCACUACCGCUGUCAGGACUACAAGGAAGAGCUUAAUCAAGAGAAGUCAGAGACUUGCUCCGUAAGAUGUACUUGUAAAUUCUACAAGGUGGAGGGCCGGUACCCUGAGUCGCUGAGUCUGUACGUGUGGACCGGUCCGAUCUCGGUGUGCCGGAAACUAGACCGUAGGGUGGUGCUGCAGUUCCGCUUCCACCACUUCCCCGUCCGCGCAGGUCACCACGUGGAGCUGGCAAACCUUCGCACGAUCGUCCACGAGCUGGACACCAUCCGUGCCGGCGACAACCCGGUCGUCCUGCUGUCCCUCUGGGCGCACUUCACGGACGACCCGAUAGAGCAGUUCGAGGCACGUCUGUGGGCCGUUCGGGCGGCAAUCGUGAAACUGCACGGACGGGCUCCGAAAGCGUUGGUCCUGUUCAGAAGCCCGAACGUACGGGACCAGUUAUACCUGUCCAAGGUGCUGAUGAGCAGUGACUGGUUGGCGUACGACAUGUGGAGACGGCUCAAGGAAAUCAUGGCAGGACUUGAGGAGGUGGCUUUCUUAGACAUCUGGGACAUGACGGCCUGCCACCACUCAGUCCGACAACUGCACCCGGCCAAGGAAGUUACCACCAACGCUAUUGCCCUCAUGUUGUCGUACGUUUGUCCAUUGGAGUAAGGAAGGCAAUGGAUGGAACUGUUGCAUAUGCAAGUGCGUCCACCAAAAUAGAAAGAGGCAAGUGUCAACUUCAUUCAGAAAAGUUUUAAGAGUACGUAUAGACUGCCGAGGAGGUUACCACCAACGCUAUCGCCUUGCUGUUGUCGUACAUUUGCAACCUAUGGACUGCUAAGGAGAUUACCAACGACGUUACGCUAUUGAAUUGCUGUUGUCAUACGUUUGCCCGUUAUAGCAGGAAAUUAAGUGGGUGGAACUGUGUUACUAUAAUAUGCAAGUGCCUACACAAAGAUGGAAAGAGGCAGGGUCAACUUCAUUCAGAAAAGUUUUAAGAGCAACGUACAGACUGCUUUGAGGUUACCAUCAACGAUCCUUGUUGUUGUCAUACAUUUGCCAAUUGUAGUAAGGAAGGCAAUGGAUGGAACUGUUAGCAUAUGCAAGUGCCUCAACCAAGAUAGAAAGAGGCAACAGUGUCAACUUUUUUUCAGGAAAGUUUUAAGAGCAACGUUUAGACUGCCGAGGAGG